UGCGUGUGAUAAGAUUCCUCUUGCUUAUAUAAAAAACUGUUAUUUCUCUCCCUCUGUUUUGAGUGCAAAAUCAAGGGGUUGCCGGUGGAAACGACGCGCUCGUUGAGGGCCAAGGAAGGAAGGAGGAAGAGAGAGAGAGAGAUAAAAAGGAGAAUCUGCUUCAAAGUUUCAAACUUUCCCGUCUCAUAUCUAAUCCCCAAUUUCUCUCUUCUGCUCUAGGUUCCUUCCUGUUCUCUUAGGAUUCUUGUGGUCUGUUCAAAGCGUCAUGGCAUCGAAGCGGAUUUUGAAGGAACUCAAGGAUUUGCAAAAGGAUCCACCCACUUCUUGCAGUGCAGGUCCUGUAGCUGAAGACAUGUUUCAUUGGCAAGCAACACUCAUGGGCCCUUCCGAUAGCCCUUAUGCGGGAGGUGUAUUUUUAGUUAGUAUUCAUUUUCCUCCAGAUUAUCCUUUCAAGCCCCCUAAGGUUGCAUUUAGGACCAAGGUUUUCCAUCCAAACAUCAAUAGCAAUGGGAGCAUUUGUCUUGAUAUCCUAAAAGAACAGUGGAGUCCAGCCCUAACCAUUUCCAAGGUUCUGCUCUCGAUCUGCUCGUUGUUGACUGAUCCAAACCCUGAUGACCCACUUGUUCCGGAGAUUGCACACAUGUAUAAGACUGAUCGGGCAAAGUACGAAGCGACAGCACGUGGCUGGACCCAGAAGUAUGCCAUGGGAUGAUGGUGGUUAGUGUGUAAUACGUAUUGGCUUUGGUACGAUGCCAUAUAUGUGUUAAAACCUUCAUAUAUUUUGAUUUGGAUUUGAAUUAUGUGGACAUCUUAUAUGAAAGGCAUUUCCUAAAACUUUCAUGCUUAUAAAUGGAGGAUUAUGGUUUGACGAUAAAA